CUGAAUGCAUAAUUUUCUGCCAGCUUUACCAAAAGUCUCCGCACCACACAUUACAUUGGUGUAUCCCUUGCGUUCUUGAUUUUUUCCACACCGAAAGAGAGAGAUAGAGAGGUUCCAACUUCAAAGGACCUUUGUAUUCGUUGAGUUGCUGCAACUGCUAUGCUUCGUGAAGAUUUGUUUUUCAAAGCUUCCCUCAAAACGCCAUGGCCUCGGGGAUCUUUGGGUGUGUUCUGCAAAUAGGAAAGGUUGUAUAUGAACCAGCGAUGGAACAUGGUGAUUACUACGGUUGUAUAUGAGCUUUCCUCAAAACGCCAUGGCCUCGGGGAUCUUCGGAUGUGUUCUGCAAAUAGGAAAGGUUGUAUAUGAACCAGCGAUGGAACAUGGUGAUUAUCUUGUUCACUACAAGAGCCACGUCGACAACUUCAAAAAUGAGGUUGAAAGUUUGAAGAAUAUUAGAGGUGAUGUGAUGAGACUGGUAGAUGACGCUUGUCGGAGAAAGGAAGAGCUCAAGGCUGAUGUGGAAGAGUGGCUGAAAAGUGUAGAAGAAGUCAAAGAGGAUGCAGGAAGAUUAGUAAGUGGAGCUGAAGGCAGUGCGGGAUGCUUAAGCGGCUGGCUUCCUAACUGUUAUGUUCGCUACAAUUUGGGUAAAGAAGCAAAACAAAAGACGAACUACGUCAAAGAGCUCCAAAGUAUAGGGAGAAGUUUUCGUAGUGUAUCGUUCAGUCUUCCUCUUCCAAGCACAGACUCCAUGCUUGCUGGGGGGGAUUACGUAGCUUUCGCAUCAAGAGAAGCGGCUGUUGAAGAGAUCAUGCAGGCACUGAGUAAUGAGGCAAUUGGGACCAUCGGGGUCUAUGGUAUGGGUGGGGUAGGCAAGACCACCUUGAUGAAAGAAAUGGGCAAACUAGUGAAAAGAAAAGGAUUAUUCAAUGAUGUUGUAAUGGUGGAAGUUAGUUUGGAACCAAAGCCAUCAAAGAUCCAGGCAGAGAUUGCAGGCCAGCUAGGCCUGAAGCUCAAUAAAGACAGCGAAGCAGUGAGAAAAGGUCAACUGUUGGAGAGGUUGCAAGGCACCAAGACACUAGUAAUACUUGACAAUGUAUGGGAACAGCUCGACCUAGUCGAGAUUGGGAUCCCAUGCGGACCCAACGGCCAGGGUUGCAAAAUCAUGCUGACGACGCGAGAUAAAUAUGUAUGCAAUAUGCAUGGGAGCCAGACAAUUAUGAUUGAGGUCAGGUUCCUAACAGAAAUGGAGUCGUUGGAUCUUUUCAAAGUGAUGAUAUGCAGUGAUGUUGAUUCUUCUAUUUUGGAGGAAUAUGGGAAAGACAUCGUAAAAGAAUGCGGGGGUAUCCCUCUACUACUUGCGGCGGUCGGAACUGCAUUGCGGCCCAAGGACAAGAAGGUCUGGGCUGAUGCAUUGACAAGACUGAGAAGAGGCAGUAUGAUAGGAGAGAUUUUCCCAGGUUUGCAACUGAGCUACGAGUUCUUGGAAACUAAUGAGAUCAAGUCGUGCUUCUUGUUCUGCUGUCUAUUUCCUGAAGGCUCUGAUAUUGACAUAGAAACGUUGGUGAGAUAUGGAUUUGGUGAGGAAUUCUUGGACGAGGUGGAAACUUUGAAGGAAGCAAGGGAGAGAGUGCAUAGCUUGAUCGACAAGCUUAAGGCUCGUUGCUUGCUGUUGGACGGCUAUCAAGAAGGGUACGUUAAAAUGCAUGAUUGUGUCAGAGAUGUGACCAGGUCAAUCGCAUCAAAAGAUGAGAAUGGUUUCCUUGUCAGAGCAGGUGUGGAAAUGAAAGAUUGGCCGAGGAAGGAGAAGCUAAACAAGUGUAAGAGGAUUUCAUUGAUUAGAAGUACGAUUAGCAUGCUGCCCGCGGAGCCAGAUUGCCCAAAUCUCUUGACCCUGUUGUUCCAAGAAAAUUAUUCUCUGAAGAAAUUCCCUGAUAGUUUCUUCCGAGGGAUGAAAAGCCUUGUAGUUCUAGAUCUAAGUUACACAGGAAUUUCGUCGCUCCCAUGCGUGACGACUCUGCGGGUGCUUUUACUCAAUAAAUGCUUCGAUUUAACAGAUUUAUCUCUACUGGGAGAAAUGGAGAAGCUGGAAAUACUUUCCCUCAUAGGUACGAAUAUCAGGGAAUUGCCUGAAGAAGUAGGCAGAUUGUCAAAUCUAAAGCUCUUGGAUCUAUCGUAUACCAGAUAUCUGGAAAGAGUACCACCAAACGUGGUGCGGAGAUUGCAAUGCUUGGAAGAAUUGUACAUGAGAGGCAGCUUCAGCGCGUGGGAGGUUAAAGGAACGGGAGAUGGAAAUAAUGCUAGCUUAGUAGAGGUAGUGUCCUUGGAUCGCCUGACGAUGCUGGACAUCAGUGUAAAAAAUGCGGAAUGCUUCUCACAGGAAACCUCCUUUUCAUGUACGAACUUAUCGAGAUUCUACGUAACAGGCUGUAGAGACUAUCAAAUGAGGGGCGAUCGCUUUAGCAUGGCUGUCGAGGGUAAAUAUCGAAGGAUUAGUCUCGAAAUAUCAAAGCCCGUUUCUAGUUUUGUCAAGUGUCUGAUUGAAAGAUCCGAGGAGCUAGAACUGGUACGUUCUAAACACUCUGACGUGGAGAGAUGGGAGAAAAUGUUCAAAUAUGGGUUGGCGCCUGUGCCCAAGGAUUUAAGAUUUCUAAAAUUUUGCGACUGGGCAAAUCCGUUUCUUCCAUCAUGUCUGCUACAGAGUGCGAAAAUAGAGCUUCUUUGGAUUGUAGAUUGCCAGAAAAUGGAGAAGAUGGUCCAGGAUGAAGAUGGAGAUGCCGCCUCCCCAGUGAAACCUCUAUGGGCUUCUGCAUUUGAAAAUCUACAGUUCCUGGAGGUGAAGGGUUGCAUUGCCUUGAAGAAUCUCUUAUCAUGGAAGCUAGCUCGGGCGCUUGAACAACUGAAAAAACUCAUAGUUGACGGCUGCAUUGAAAUGGAGGUUAUCAUCACGAAUGGGGGAGCAGCGGAUACAUCAGUACUUCCUCACCUGCAGGAAAUAUAUCUUAUGAAUAUGCCAAAUCUAAAGAGCUUUUGUGAGGGUGAAGCUUUGCUUGAGUUGCGAUCAUUGCUUACGAUCCGUGUGAUUCGUUGUUCCAGUGUGAAGAGACAUCUUUUGGGGCCAAGCAGUGCACUGUCACUUCAGUACAUGAAUGGAGAAUCGAUUCUUCCCUCCAAUCUGCCACUAAAGAUGAGAUUAGAGCCACGAAUGGAGAUUAUAGGUUGCCAGACAUUGGAGAAGAUAGUCCCAGAUGAGUAUGAAAAUCUGCCCUCCCUAAUGAAAGCUGUACGACCUUCCCUAUUUGAAAAUCUACAGUUUCUGAAUAUGCAGCAUUGCCAUGGCUUCAAGAAUCUCUUAUCAUGGAGACUAGCUCGAGCGCUUGAGCAGCUGAAAAAGCUCAAAGUCCAAGGCUGCAAUGAAAUGGAGGUGAUCAUCGGGUAUGGGGGAGAAGUUGAUAGUUCAACAUUCCCUCGCCUACAUAGCAUACAUCUAGAGGACAUGCCAAAGCUGAGGUGCUUCUGUGAGGGUGAAGUAUUGCUUAAGCUACGAUCAUUGCUUGCGAUCCGUGUGAUUCGUUGUUCCAGUGUGAAGAGGCAUCUUUUAGGGCCGAGCAGUGCACUGUCACUUCAGUUCAUGACUGGAGAAUCGAUUCUUCCCUCCAAUCUGCCACUAAAGAUGGGAAUAGGGCCACGAAUGGAGAUUAUAGGUUGCCAGACAAUGGAGAAGAUAGUCCCAGAUGAGUAUGAAAAUCUGUCCUCCCCAACAAAAGUUGUACGACCUUCCCUAUUUGAAAAUCUACAGUUUCUGAAUAUGCAGCAUUGCCAUGGCUUCAAGAAUCUCUUAUCAUGGAGGCUAGCUCGAGCGCUUGAUUAACUGAAAAAGCUCAAAGUCCAAGGCUGCAAUGAAAUGGAGGUGAUCAUCGGGUAUGGGGGAGAAGUUGAUAGUUCAACAUUCCCUCGCCUACAUAGCAUACAUCUAGAGGACAUGCCAAAGCUGAGGUGCUUCUGUGAGGGUGAAGUAUUGCUUAAGCUACGAUCAUUGCUUGCGAUCCAUGUGAUUCGUUGUUCCAGUGUGAAGAGGCAUCUUUUGGGGCCGAGCAGUGCACUGUCACUUCAGUUCAUGACUGGAGAACCGAUUCUUCCCUCCAAUCUGCCACUAAAGAUGGGAAUAAGGCCACGAAUGGAGAUUAUAG